ACGCAGCCAGCGACCCCUGCCGGCGUCACAAGAUGCGUGGGCGGGGCCGCUGAAUCUGCCGUUCCAGCGCUGUGAGAGUCGCGCGUGCUCGCGCCCCAGGCAGACGUCUCGAGGAAGCGCCGCCAUCUUGAGAACCUUUGACUCGGUGACGUAGCGCACGUCGCAGGCCGCGCAGCGCUCCGCCUCUCGUCCUCAUCUCGCUGUCGGACGGAGCGUCGCAAGAACGGAAGGGAGACAAAGCAUUAAACUAAUGAAUGGGGGGAGAGAACCGCCCGCCCGGCAUGCGAACACCGACAGGCCACUGAGUGACGUCAGGGGCACCUAGCGGCCAGGUGAUACAAUUGUCCAACAUGGAAGAGUCUUUGUGGUGUUAAAUAUGCUGCUGUUGAACAAGAUAUUAAUGGAACAAUUUUCGUGAACGACACCUGAUGGCUGCAGUAGUUCUUACCUAAGAGAGCUCCAGAUGAUUUUUCACCUUGGAGAAGUUAAAAGGAUGUCCUUGUGGGCCAAAAUCAAAACAGGAUAUUGUUGAAAUCUCAAGAAAAACAUAAUUCCUUUUGUGAAGAGAAAUAUUUUGGAACAUUCUAUGACUAGCCUUCAAUAUUAGAACAUGGCUAAAGAGGACUCCUACAUUAAAAUGGAACCUAAUCUUACAGUGGAACAAUUAGGAGACACAAACGUUGAACAUGAUGAUGAAACCGUUGGUGAUGUUAGUCAUGCACAAGUAAAGCUGGAAGUUGAGAACCCAAAACAAGUUGAAAGCAGUGAUGAACAAGAAGACAAAGAACAACAUUGUGCUGAUACCUCAAACACUUUAUCUACUGAAAAUGAGGAAGAAUAUGGUGUCCUAUUUUCACAAUAUACUACCACAUUGUAUGAUGCAGCAAUGGAGGCUGUUACACAAAGCAUACUUACAAACAAAAAUAUUAGCAAUCGAAAAAAGUCCCCAGCUUGGAACCAUUUUUUCAUUUCUCCUCGGGACAGUACCAAAGCUAUAUGCAUGUACUGUAUGAAAGAAUUUAGCAGGGGCAAGAAUGAAAAAGACCUUAGUACAAGUUGUCUUAUGAGACACGUAAGAAGGGCACACCCUAGAGUUCUCACCUCUGAAAAUGGUAAUAUGCCAGGGAUUUCCUCCUACUCUCCCCCUACAUUAGUACUACCUCUGCAGUCUCAAGAUAUUGUGGACACCAAUAUUACCCCUACUAAAAUCAGAAAGCUCACAUCAAAAAUGUCUCCUCCAGAAAAAAUAGUGGAGGAACCUUCGUCUGUGCUCUCUUCAGAUGAAAUAUCCUCAGACUUGUCGAUAUCUGAAAAAAAUGGUAGAGAUGAGGUUACUGUUUCUCCUUCAUCUUUACAAAACCAUCCGUGUGAUGAAGCUGUGGAAAAUAUUACAGAAAAGCAAAUUUCAACUCCAAAAAAUUCAUCUGGUUCUAGAAGAAGAUCUGCUGUAUGGAAACACUUCUAUUUAUCUCCAUUGGAUAAUUCAAAAGCUGUUUGUAUCCACUGCAUGAAUGAAUUUAGCAGAGGCAAGAAUGGGAAAGACCUUGGUACCAGUUGCUUAAUAAGACACAUGUGGAGAGCCCAUCGUUCAAUUGUUUUGCAGGAAAAUAGCGGAGGCACAAGUUUACCAUCUCCUUAUUCUAUUCCUCCUACACUGUUGCCAUCCCUUUUGCCAGCAGACAGUGAAGUAGUUGCUACUGCAGUGUCUCCAGGAAAGACUGGAAAAACUAUUUCUGUACCUUCCUCCCCAGAAAGAGUAUCAGAAGAAUUGCAGUGUAGUGUUCCAAAUGGUGAUUUAAUUGACAAGGGAACAGUUUUGCAUUCCUCAGAAAAUCUAGGUGAAGCAUUGAUGUCUUCGUCUGAAAAGUCCAAUUUUCACAGUUCACCAGCAUAUGAGACCCCCGUCCAUUUUCAGCAAAACAAAAAAGCUAUGAAAAGGUUAAAAUCUGAGGUUUGGCACCAUUUUACUUUAUCACCAACUGACAGCUUAAAAGCAGUUUGCAGAUAUUGUAAUUGCAUGAUCAGCAGAGGUAAAAAGGGGGAUUUAGGAACAAGUUGCUUAAUGAGACAUUUAUAUAGGCGACAUCCAGAAAUAGUUUUGAACCAAAAAAGCUUUGAUGUGAGUCUGGCCAAUUCUCCUUAUGCUACCUUAGCAUCUGCAGAGUGCUCAUCCUCAAAAAUGACUGAACUUACAUCUGUUGCGACUCAUGAUAAUCAAGUUGUUUUUCCUUCAAACAGCAAGAAGACCUCAAAACUGUGGAAUCAUUUUUCAAUUUGUUCUGCAGAUUCGACUAAAGUUGUAUGUAUGCACUGUGGACGCACAAUAAGCAGAGGAAAAAAACCAACCAAUUUAGGCACGAGUUGUCUCCUGCGACACUUGCAGCGAUUUCACAACAAUGUGCUGCAAAACAAUGGUGUUUCAGAAGCCUUACCGACUGCCGAUGUACACCUUCCAGUAAACGCUGGUUUUACUGCCUCCUCUUUUGAUGAAACCAAUGAUAAAUUUAGUGAUUGUCAUCCUGUUGCCAAAAAAAUCACAAGUCUUGUAGCGGAAAUGAUUGCACUUGAUGUUCAACCUUACUCGUUUGUAGAUAAUGUUGGUUUUAAUAGACUUCUUGAAUACCUUCAACCUCAAUAUUCAUUGCCAUCUCCAUCCUACUUUUCGAGGAUUGCAAUUCCAGAUAUGUAUGAAAAUGUGAAACACAUAAUUGUCUCGCACUUAAAAGAAGCAGAGAGUGGUGUAAUUCAUUUUACCGCAGGAAUCUGGAUGAGCAGUCAGACACGAGAAUACUUGACUCUUACUGCUCACUGGGUUACAUUUGAUUCUACUUUCAAGCCUCAAAGUGAAGAUUAUCAUUGUUCAGCACUUCUACACGUUUCCCAAAUUGAUUGUGAUUAUAAUGGCGUCACUGUUUUAAAACAUCUAGAAUACUUGUGGGAGUCCUGGAUAACUGCAUUUGGGCUUCAGAUAGGUAUAACAGUUACAGAUAAUCAUAGCAUAGGAAAAACUUUAAAUGAAAGUGAUCAUUCAAGUGUCGAGUGUUUUGGACACACAGUUGACCUGAUUGUAAAUGAGGCUAUUAAAAGUCAAAGAAUGGUCCAAAAUCUACUGAGCAUAGCGAGGAAAAUUUGUGAACGUGUUCACAGAUCAACAAAGGCAAAGGAAAAACUAGCAGAGUUGCAAAAGGAAUAUGGAUUGCCUCCACAUCAUUUAAUUCAAGAUGUUCCCUCAAAAUGGAAUACAUCAUUUCACAUGUUACAACGGUUAAUUGAGCAGAAAAGCGCUAUUGAUGAGAUGUCAAUUGAGUGCAGUUUCAGAGAGCUGAUAAGUUGUGACCAGUGGGAGGUCAUGCAGUCAGUCUGCCAUGCACUGAAACCCUUUGAGGCAGCCAGUAAAGAAAUGAGCAUGCAUACUGCUACUUUAAGUCAGGUAAUUCCGAUGAUUCACAUUCUUAACCGAAAGAUUGAAAUGCUAUUUGAGGAAACAAUGGGAAUAGAUACCAUGCUUAAAUCUCUUAAGGAAGCUAUGGUUUGCCGCUUAUCCUCAACACUUCACGAUCCUCGAUACAUUUUUGCAACACUUCUGGACCCUCGGUACAAGGCAUCAUUAUUUUCAGAGGAAGAAGCCGAGGAAUAUAAACUAGGAUUAAUCAGGGAACUGGAAUUACUAAAUUCUACCUCAGACGAUGCACCUGUUCUGAAUGGGUGUAACAAACAUUCACCACCUAAACACAAGGAUGACAACAUAUGGUCACUUAUGGCCAAUAUGAAAAGGUCUACAAGUGUAAAACAGAAAUUACCUGAAGAUAUUGUGUUGACUUAUUUAGAAGAGGAGGUGCUUGAGCAUAACUGUGAUCCACUAACUUACUGGAACAUGAAGAAAUCUUCAUGGCCAGUUUUGUCCAAACUGGCAGUCCGAUUUCUUGGUUGUCCACCCAGCGUUAUUCCUUCCGAAAAACUUUUUAACACCUCAAAUGAAAGUGGCAGUUUUAACCAAACUAGGUUAAUGAUGGAACAUUUUGAGCAGCUAAUCUUUUUAAAAGUUAAUCUCCCUUUAAUUUACUUUCAGUAUUGAAAAUUGCCAGGUGAAAAUUCAUGUAGCUUACUGAAUAACUGAAUUUUGUAUGUUUGUUAAAUCGCUCCUAUAGGGGCCAUGUAUGACAUUGAAUAAGUGACUGUAAUUUUCUAUUGCGUUCCAAUUUUUCGCUUUAAAUAUUGUCUACAUGUGCCUUACUCAGUUCUUCAGGCAGCCAGAUCUUGUAUAUUUUUUUUUAUCACUAUAGAAAGUCAGUCUUGUCAUACCUAGGAAAUAGUUUUUGUUUUCAUAUUUGUAAAUACAUAUGUAAAAAGUGAAUCCUUUUUGUUAUAGAAUGGGGAAAAAAAAGAUGUAAACAGUUUUAUUCUGUAGUUUUACUUCAAUUAUGUACAAAAUGAAAAGGUACUGUAUUUUAGUCACAUUGCUUUUGAUAGUGUUUGUACUUGUGUGUUUUAAAUAAAGCUGCAUUUAAAUAUCAGGUUAUUUUUCCAUCGUAGGUGCUCAGUUAUUGUAGUCUGUAAGAGCCAUUUGCAUAAUACAUAAGAUUUAAUUUAAGCAGGUGCUAAGCACUAAUUCGGACUGUCCUGCUGUGCUUUGAUAGUGGUUUCCACAGCCAGCUUCAUCAUCACUUAGUAAUAAAACUAUUGAUCUUUGGCUCCUGCAGUAAAUCAGACUCCCAUAUCAAGUGUGCAAAAAAUGCUGUUUGAAGAAACAAUGGGGGUAAAUACGGGUGUGUUAACUGUAGAACGCAAUUUUCAUUUUAAUUCUUUGUUCACAGAGUUAAGUAUGAAGCUGAGCUUACUGGCUAACUAGUUUCAUGCUGUAAAUAGUGAUUCAUAACAGGCUCAUCCUGUAGCCUCCAGUUGUUUGCAGCACGCAACUAGUUAGGCAACUGAUCUGGCCAACAGCCUAGCUGUGUAUAUAACUUAAGAGCCUCUAGAGUCGCAUUUACAGUGUAGAAGACGUUAAGUGGUCAGUCUACCUGACUGUACAGCUUCAUUCUUUCAAAGACAAGUUUGAAAUUAAAACCUUUUUAUCCAAUAUUUAAUGUACCUCUUAAGAAAGUGAUUGUUCCAUUGUUUGUUUUUUCAGAAAAUUUUCAUUAUAGUGAAUUUGGUUCAUGAAGAUGACAUAAGCCCUAUUGGUCACUCAUUUGUAAUAAAGAAAAAAUGUUUACGAUCUUCAGUCGGAUUGGUCUUGAGUCUAAAGCUAUGUACACACCUAUACAAUCAUCGAGCCAUUCCUUUUGAUUCCUGACCCGUUCAUGCAAUAUUUUAAUAGGGUGAGCACACCUUCGAUCAUGUUUUAUUGGAAGAAAACAGGUUGCAUCUGAAGAUCGACAUUGGACAAAAGUGAAGUGUGUAUGCACUUUCAGCCGUUCUGUUCAGUGCUUCUCCAGCAGCAGCGCUGUCUUUGUGGGCAAUCAUAAUUAAAUCUGUCAUGUGGCUCGCUACGUAGUCUAAUAAAAAUUAAAUAUUUUUGGGCGCAACCACCUUAAAUUAAUCAAUUUAAAUAAAUAUGUUGAUCACAAAAAAUGCUGCUCCCAAGAAGCAGUCUGGAAUACUUCAACCAAUACAAGAUACAAGACAAAAUUGUAAUUUUAUGCUUGCACUCUUUAUACAAUUCAAAAGCUUUUUAAUAACAAGCAUAUCCACAAUAAUUAAAAUUAAUUUGACUAAGAUGCAUAUAAUUAAAAUUGUCAAAACAUAUACAUAUAUAUUUAUAGAAUAAUCCAUAUUGUGCCCACUGCCAGUAAUUAUUGCACAGUGAUCAAUAGCUUAACUUGUUCUAAUAUUGUAAGGAGAGCUUGUCUUAACAGGGCUUAUGCUUAAGUAGUAGCUGCAGUUAUUAUUUUACAGUGGUGCUUACAUUAAAUUUAAUUGGUAGCCAGUUUAGCAUUUGUGAAAUUAGAACAUAGUAUUCUGUGCUGCCAAUCCCCAAGCUAGCACUAUGCUUAACCUCCCCCUGUAUGACCAAUAUCUCACCACAAAUGACUGCCACAGCGUCCUGGUAAUGACUGUCUUCCCCAGCCGCAGACUGAUACGUACUUUUAUUGAUGUUUACAGGUGCAUAUGGCAUUGAGAUUGUGACACUGCAAUAAAUGUAAUGGAGGCGAUUCAAUUGAGUGACGGGAGAUCGGGGGCCGAUAUUCAGCUGUGUAGCAGUGAUCGCGCCCUUCAGUGCUGGGGUUAGGCGUGUGAAACUGCUAAACCAGAAUAAAGUUCUGGCCACCCAAAUGGGAUUGCUUUUUCGCACAUUUCUGCUCGCUACCUCAGGAGGCAGCAAGCAGAAAUGCUGGAGUAAUCAAUUGAAUUCUGCCUAAUAACUUUAUCUACUCCAUAAAAUGUCACUUGUUUUCAAGCAAUGCUAUGUUCAAAUGUAUUUUAGCAGGCUCCUUAUGCAUACACCUUGUAUACUUUAAUUCAGAAACUACAUGUAUUAUCUAGCCCUCUUCAAGCCCAUUAUGCAAAUUGUUUAAGGUGGGUACACACGGAGCGACGUUUACUUAAUUUCUAAGCAAUCAGACUAGAUUGCUUAGAAAUUAAGAUCACAUCGCCCCAUGUGUAGGGGUGCCGGCGACAGGACUGCACAUCGCUAUCGCCAGUGCUAGAUUGUGCCUGCAUGUAGACCAAUCUAGCAGGUUGCUCAUUUCACCGCUGGAUGAAAUGAGCGCCCAUAAGCCCCCCCGCAUCCGUCCGUCCGUCCCCCUCGCUCAGCACAUCGUGCUGUGCUGAGCAGGGGGAGAGAGGUGUGCUGAGCAGCACACCUCUCCCUCCACAUCUCCCGUCUGUACGGCCCUUUAUAUCUGGCCUCAGUCUAGCCUGAAAUCAGUAGUUUGUACAGUGUUACAAUCUUUUUUUCCAAUAUUUAAGACUCGUUUUGGGGAUUGCACGUUAGAUUGUAAAGGUGUGUACACACAAAUCGCCACUUUGAUCCAAACGCAAGUAAAAUAAAAAAUCGCUUUGAAAGUAUGAUUGUACAAGUGUGUACCUAGCUUAAGUAGUCCGUUACAGAAACAGCACAGUUCAUGAACAGCAAAACAGUUGUAACACUGCAUAUAGGGCAUCAAUAUUGUUCUACAUUAAUCAUUUUUAUGUUGAGUAAUUGUAAUGUUCUAUUUAAUAUUAGUGUGUUUUUAAUGAGUCCUUUGUAAAAUGUCUAACGCUGUACCUCUGAUUUUAAAAUGUAGCCCUGCACACAGUGGAAAUUGAUAUUCUCUCGGGCCACUGCUUAUACUCAUCUUGUUAUACUUCUGAUAGUUGCAUUGUCCCAACUGUUAUAAAUUUAAAACCUUCUACAUAUCUGUAACAAAUCAGUGAAAAUGUUCUCUCUAAAUUUCUACUUUCAAAUGUAAAAUUGUCAACCGAUUUGAAUAAAUGGUUGAUUUGAGAAUACUUGCUAUUGGUCCUGUUGGGCAAGCAUUGCAGGGUUUUUCUUUUUCUGCUGUAUAAUAUCUAUUACAAUUCAUUGUAAUUUGUGUUCAAGAUACUGUACUGAAGUCUGACCUAAUUUUUACAUCUAUGUAUUAGUGUAUUUAUAAAUGGUCAACAGAUGUUUCUGAAAUUAAACCAUUAUUUACAUCA